AUGGCUGAGACGUGGAAGAAUUGCUUCGAGGAGGAGCUCAUCUGCCCCAUCUGCCUUCACGUCUUCUCCGAGCCCAUCCAGCUGCCCUGCAAGCACAACUUUUGCCGAGUGUGCAUAAGCGAGGCCUGGGCCAAGGACUCCACGCUGGCCCGCUGCCCCGAGUGCAACCACGCGUACAGCCCCAAGCCCAGCCUGGAGAAGAACCACAAGUUGUCCAACAUCGUGGAGAAGUACAACGCCCUCAGUGUGGAGAAGUCUCCUGUUCCACCGCCCCAGUGCAUCUUGUGCCGGCGCGGCCCCCCAUUGCCCGCUGUCAAGGUGUGCCUGCGUUGUAACGCGCCCUGCUGCCAGUCUCACGUGCAGACGCACCUGCAGCAGCCUUGCUCAGCACUCGGGCACCUCUUGGUGGAGGCCGAGGCGGUCAAGGCGUGGACGUGCCCGCAGCACGAUGAAUACCGGCUUUACCACUGCGAGGCAGAGCAGACCGCCGUGUGCCAGUACUGCUGCUUUGCCCGCUGCCACCCUAGCCACGGGCACGCCGUCGCCGAUGUGGAGCUGCGACGCAAUGACAUCAGACAAAGCCUACUGAGACAGGAGGAGCGCGUGGAGGAGCGCGUGCAGGAAAUUGAGGAGCAGCUAUGCAAGCUGGACUCGGAUAAGUGCGUGGUGGAGGACCGUGUGCUGGAGCUGAAAGAGGACGUGCGCCUGCAGUAUCAGCACAUGCACCAGCUCUUGGAGGAGGACCUGGGCCGCACGCUGGAGGCGCUGGAGCGGGCCCAGGCGCGUUUCUGCCAGGAGAACGCCGCCCAAGUCCUGGCGCUGGGCGAGCACCGGCACGAGGCGGGCAAGCUGCUGAGUUCCAUCAACAGGGCGUUUGGCAAGACCGAGGAGCUCGGAUUCAUGAAGAACACCAAGCAUGUCAAGAUCCUUAUCGAUAGGUCUCAGGCUUGUAUGGGCAACACUCUGCCCCCCUACAAGGUCGGCAGUCUAAACGCCAAGCUUUUCCUCUCAGAGAUUUCCAAGCGGGAGAAGAGUUUGAAGAGAAUGCUGGAAGCGCCGCUCACGCCUCCCGCCAUCUUCCUGCAGUCAGUCCCAGCCUUCCCGUGCGGCCAGAGCUCGGGAGCGGAGAAGCGCAAACAUUCCGCCGCUUUUCCGGAAGGAAACUCCGGAAAGAGUGGCGCGCCCUACCUGGGCUCCUCCUCAUCCUCCGGGGAGGGUCAAUCCACCAAUCAGCCGUGCGGCCCGCCUCACAUCGCCGACGGCGCCAACCACCACUUCGGGUCCUCGCACUUCCCCCCAGGCGGAGGCGGCGCUACCGGGGGCUCCUCGCACUCCUCCCAGCAGGCCGUGCUGCCGCCGUACGGCGGGCGCAAGAUCCUGGUGUGCACCAUGGAUAACUGCUACUGCUCCGGGGUGCCCUCCGUGUCGGGCCACCGCGGCCACCCGCCGUACCCGCGCUCGGGCUCCUUCCCGUGGGUGAGCGCGCAGGACUACCCCCCGCCGCCCGGCCUGGCCUCCGGGGGGCCGUCCAUGCAGGGCUUAGCGAUGCGCGACUGGAUCGACGCCUCGCAGUCGCACAGACACACCGACUUCUACGGGCUGUACGGGCAGACCUCUGCAAAGCACUACGUCACCAGUUAA